CUUUUCUCCGCAGUUCUUCAAAAUCUUAUCUUCUGCAAACUUACUUUCCUAAGCCGAUAAUCGUCGGUAUUCACUUGAUUGCUCAUCUUCUUCCUUUUCAAUCUAUAUAGAUUUUGAAUUUUAUGAAAAUCUCUUGAUCCCCGAAUUAAGAACAUUGUUUUUCUCUUUUUCUAUAAUUUCAAGUCUGUAGCAGCUAAAGGUCAAAACAGGGAUCAACCCGAAUCAGAUUGAAGAAGAUGAUGAUGAUCUAAGUGGAGUAGCUGAAUCUCCUUUCCGGGGUGUAAUUAAUUCUAGCAAUUGUGUGUAAAAGGAAAUCAAUAUCAUCAAGGGAAUGUCUGCUAGAGUGGAUUUUUUCGAGGGAGUGAAGAAUCUACAUCCACCAAACCAAGCAAGGAAGAGGUUCGAUAGAAACUACUCUGGUACAGGCAGUAGCGAUAACGAUAAUAUUUCAGGGAUGAAUGUUAGAACUAGGAAUACUAAUGAAAAUAUUCCAAAUCAUCACAUUUCUUCUUGGAUGAAUCGUCGUAAUAGUUUCACAAAAGACCAACCACCACCACCACCUACGACAACAUCAACACAACAACCUCCGUUUGCUUAUAAUGAAAUCCAUCCUAGAACUUCGGCUCACCUCCAUAACUGCCCUUCCUGUGAUUACCCUGUCAUGGUGCAAGUCACUGCAGACCUAUACUACCACCAUGUCACCUUCAUUCCGGCUGCCAUGGCUAGAACAAACCAAACUCAUGAUGUCAACAAUUUCGUUAACCAAUCUCAACUUCCUUCACAAGGAAGAAGAACAACAACUCCUCAAGAGUACAGUCCAGUCCAAGAACCAGAAGAAGAAGAAGAAGUUAGCACCUUAACUAACGAGCCUGAAGAAGAAGAGGAGAAGCCAGAAAUAAUUAUGGUAACUGCUCCCAACAAAAAAUCCCAACAAGGAUUCAGAACCUAUGCUAGUAUUACUGCGGGUAAGACUAUCAUGGACACUAAAGAAGAUGACAAAAAACCAAUGGAGGAAACAGAAGAAACCGAGGAUAAUGCACAUCAAGAAGUGAGAUUAGGUCAGGUAGAGGUCGGAUUCGUGCAAGUUAUUGUUGACGAGAAAGCGAAAGAGAACACUACAGCUUCUCAAGUUGUUGAUAAUGGUGGUGAAGGCGAUGAUGAUGCAAGCAAUGAUGGUUUCACUACUGUGGUUUCUUGGAAAAGUAAAAUGAAGGCUAAGGCUGCAGCUAAAGCUAAAGAAGCUGGCCAUCGCUAUGGCUAUGGGAGAUGGAAGAAUAGACUUGGUAAAAAUGGUAGGGGUUCUCCAAGAGAAGAGCAUAACAAAAAUAGUAGAGAGCCAACAGAUGAGCAAGCUAUGUAUGCUAAGGUGGGACACAAUGAUGGAGGGCCGAGGAGUGAGCAUGAUAAACGUGCUAGGGGAGGGCUAAUAAGAGACGGGCACGAUAAACAUGGAAGAAGAGGGCCAAGGGAUGAACACGGAACAGGAAAUCUAAGAGAAGGCGGGCAUGAUAAACAUGGGAGAAAGGAUGAACAUGGGACAGGAGAUCCAAGAGAAGGGCAUGAUAAACAUGGAAGAGGGUCAGGAGAAAGAGGCCAACAGAGGAAAUGAUCUCCUUUUUCACAUUAUUAUUAUUAUUCUAUUCUUAGAUUCAAAAUUGCUGUUUUUUCAUUCAGAACCUAAAUACUAUGAUUUUGUAUAAUUGGAUGAGCAAAUUUUGAAUUAGUA